AUGGCGACUGAGCAGACCUCGGACGCCGCACAAGAGGCUCACAAGAGCAUCACCUCAGAAGACCCUAACUCACCUCUACCCACCGAUGGCACUGAUGAUAAUGAUGCAUUACAAAGCACCUCCGAACCUGUAUUAGAUGUCUCCAGAGAGAACACCCCGCCGCCACUGCCACCACGACCACGGCAGAGACCAGAUGAUAUUCAACAUGGUUCGAAAACGUUAGCCGUGCCUGUAAGGGGUGCGCGCCCACAUCUGCAGUCGAAGGCUACAACGGCGCUCUCUUUACAAGAUGUACACACACAGAGUGAGAGUCGGAGGAACUCAUACUCAGCGCACGUAUCGCGGAAGCGCAGUAUUAUAAGCCUAAGGAAAGGCCGAAGCAGAAGUGGGAGCGAGGUGGACGAUGUCGCAAGUAUAAAAAGCUAUGCGCCCACCCUAGGCGUUGGCGCAGAUGUCGAAAGCAUAUUGGGAGAGGUCCUCAAAAAUCAAGAGACGGGCCUCAGGAGCUUAAGUGAACACUUUGCUCUAUCACAACAGCAGGACGUGCUGUUUCCUGCAGAUCCAGAAUUCGAAGAGGCCUAUCUACACGAGUUCGACUCGCUGACUGAUGUGGAAAGCGACAACAUGAAUGAAGAUGCCGUCCUCCAGCAAUGGAAGCUAAAGUUGAAGCAUUUCAUGAUCCUUUCCUCGGCCGGAAAGCCCAUCUACAGCCGUCAUGGCGACGAUCGCCUCAUAUCCCACUAUAUUGGUGUCAUACAAACCAUCAUCUCCUUCUACCAGGAUGCUGAAGACGGUCUCCGAGGCUUCACAGCCAAUGAUACUCGCUUUGUGAUUCUCUCCAAAGGCCCUCUGAACCUCGUUGCCAUAAGCCGCUUGAGCGAGAGUGACUCGCAGCUGCGCUCCCAGCUCGAAGCUCUCUACAUGCAAAUCCUCUCCACGCUGACCCUUCCCAGCAUGGAACGCAUGUUCUCUAACCGCCCCUCGACUGACCUCCGCCGUCCACUCGAAGGUACCGAGACUCUAAUAUCCGCCCUUGCAGACGGCUUUACACGCGGCUCACCGUCCACGCUCCUAUCUGCGCUCGAAUGCCUCAAAUUGCGGAAGUCACACCGCCAAGUUAUCAACAAUACGCUCCUCAAGACACGCUCGCCAAAUUUGCUCUACGGCCUCAUUGUAGCCAGCGGCAAACUCGUUAGCGUUGUACGCCCCAAGAAGCACUCCUUGCACCCUGGCGAUCUCCACCUGAUCUUCAACAUGCUCUUCGAAGCUGGCUCCGUCAGAGCUGGCGGUGGCGAAACCUGGGUUCCGCUGUGUCUGCCUGGCUUCAACAACACCGGCUAUCUCUACAUGUACGUCAGCUUCUUGCGCGCCGAAGACGACAAGCUCGAGGAAAUUUCGGAGCGUCCCGAUAUAUCAUCUGAGCAGGACGAAGUAGCCAUAAUUCUCAUUAGCGCAAACAAAGAAAGCUUCUUCGAGCUAAAACAAAUGCGCGACGACCUCGUCUCACAGCUAGCGAAAAACCGAAGCUUGUCGCAUAUCAACAGUGCUAUCAAGUCUGGACGCCCGAGCUGCACAGAUAUCGUUCCCGGCACACCGCUCCGCCAUUUCCUAUACAAAUCGCGUGGAAACGUGCAGUUCACCAUGCCGUCAUUCGCCCCGCAUAUCUCGUCCGACCUUGACCGGCGCCGCCUGAUAUCCUUAUACCACGACCUCUCCGCCAGUAUCCACGCGAAGCCAACGACUCUGAAGGUGCAUCACAAUGUAGGCGUGCACUGCAUCAGUCUUGCAUGGGCGACUUCGUUUUUCGAGCUCUACUGCGUAGCACCGGGGACAACGAGUCGGAUAGCGUUGACGCAGGCAGCGAAUAAGAUUGUGGAGUGGGUGCGGAGAGAGGAGGAAAGGGUGUUUAUCAUUGGCGGUGCGGUGUUUUAG